AUGGCGACUCCCCGCCGUAAUGGUCAAUUAUCAUCAUGUGAGCCAUGUCGCACCUCAAAGUUGCGAUGCGAUCAUACAAGUCCCAUCUGUGGACGCUGUGAGCGCCGCGGUCUUCACUGUACCUAUCACCCAGCACCAUUAACGCAGUCACUCACUGGAACACGCCCUUCCAAAAAACGCCGCGUUGUGUGCGAAUCAGAUACCCCUAGUAAUAUCAGUCGACUGCACAAUGAGACCGAUUUCUGGACUCGGAAAAAAGCAUCAGUCUCGGCCCCGGGAUUUCUAGGGCAAACUAGUUACUGCGAUGCGUUCACGGAUACGAGAAAUGGACCUCAUGACGGAUUUCCGUACCUCACAGGCCAUGAUAACUUUCCAGUUGACCCAAAGCGGAUCAAUCUCGGUGCCCGGGUCUUAGCGCUUCUAGAGAAUCUUCCAUUCUAUAGGGAUGUGGUCUCCGCUCGAUUCAAGAUAUGGAGUGGAUGGAGUCUCGGUUGGCCAGUCACGAACAUGGUUUUUACUCUCGUUGAGAAGAUGUGGAACUCUCCAGAAACCGAGGGUAUGAACACCAACCAGCGAGCUUUCUUUUUGUCUAAGAAACUGUUCGAAACGCAUAGCCGGGCACUUGAUGUGUACCCUUCGAUGACCUGGGAAGAUUUUCAGUCUGCUGCGGCCGGGAGAUGGGAGUUGAUUGGGCUGCUCUUUACUCUAACAGGCCUAGCCACGGACUGGGUCCCUCAUAGUGACCGCGUCUUCUUACGUCCAAAUAUGAUGGAUCCGAAGAGUCUCGCUAUAACUGCCACUGCUGUGGGAGACAUAUGUCUUCAGUUCUGCGAUAGCACUGGAAUUGUGAAUGACAUUGUAGCCUGGCUGCUAUUGCAUCAGGUCACGCUUUUGGCAAUAGUCUAUGGUGAAAGUGACUUUCGACCGUGGAGAAAAUUAGGAGAGUUAUCGACAACGCUGUUUGCGCUCGGGCUGCAUCAGGAUUCUAGCAAAAAUGCCCCAUUCUUUCUUUCUGAGAUGCGAAAAAGAACUAUGGUUGCGGCGUAUUUUAUGGACAAAGGACUCGCCACUUUUCUAGGUCGCCCGCCGCUCAUCAGCUGGCGCUACUGUGAUAUUCAAAUGCCACUUGACUUGAGCGUCGAAGAAAUAUUUGCCGAUUCAGCUGUUCGUAAUGCGGCUAUCGCUCGACUGGAUGAGGAGACUGGAUGGAAUUUGGAGUCAAGCUUGAUGAAGGGAACGUGGCCUCGAAUUUCCUUGAUCACUAGCGUUUUCCGUGAGAAGGUCUUGGAACUUUCACUGAGUCGGCAACUCGACAAUCUCAGCCAGAGGGUCCAGGAGCUUUCACGCGAAUCUCGCCAAUUACGACAGGGACUACCGGAAUUUCUUCAUUGGAAACCUAAUAUUGACGGGGCACUCAUUUCCAAAGUAGAAUAUGAUCUCCUUUUCGAGGUUCACAUAGAGUUUCUCUACAACGAUUUCCUGCUCUACCGGACCCUCGGCAAACGCACCCAGACACAGCCCGAGGAAGUUCUUGGCAUCGCUCGAGAGAUACUCAAAACAUUGGUCAUUAUGAUUUCCCAGAAGACUCGCUCUAGACAACCCAUCAAAGAUAUUGGACUAAAUGUAUGCUUACCGGGUCUUCCUUCUGCUGGUGUUCUCUGUGCAGAAUUACUGCGCCGAGCCCGAUCGCCUGUGACAAACUCUUUUCCGGAGUUUCCUCGUUCAGAAGUCAUUCAAAAUUUGACCCUUUUCGCGGCAUAUCUAGACACCAUCAUUCAGCCCAAUGAUUCUAACUAUAUGUACCGUGUCGCCCAGCAGGGCCAAAAGGCAAUCCGCCACGUUUUGGACCAAGUUCUCUCCGGCGAAGGUCUCUCCUCUGUCGUAGAAGACACUGAAACUAGUGACAAGUUGGUUGAUGAUGCCAGCUUGCUUGACAGUAUGAAUAUCGAUGAUCCUGACUUAUUUCUUGGUUGGCUUGAUGGGAAUAUGCAACACAUGUCCGACUCUUGGCUAGGAUGGGUCAAUUUUACAUGA